AUGGACAUGCUCAAAGAGAAACUGUGGCCCUCGACGCCUGGUCCUGCCCCGCUGGCCUUAACAUCCACGACACCAUCCGAUUGGGUCGACUUGUCCCAACAAUCCCUGAUAAUCGCUGUGCUGUCCAUUGUCUUCAAUCCCGUAUUCUGGAAUAUCGCGGCCCGUUCCGAAUACCAUUCUAAGACUAUCACAAAAAUCGCUUUCGGCAACCGUUACUACGGCUGCUAUCUCCUCGCGUUCGCUAUCUUUUCUCUCGGCAUCAUCCGAGACGCUCUUUACGAACGUGCCCUUCAGGAUCAACCAUCUCUCGACGUCCUCACCACUCCAACUGUCAAGUACCUUGCUAUAGCAUUGUUCGCUACUGGGAAUGUCCUCGUCAUCACUUCUAUGUGGGCUUUGGGGCUCACGGGUACUUAUUUGGGUGAUUACUUUGGCAUCCUGAUGGAUAAGAUGGUCGAAGGGUUCCCAUUUAAUGUUACCUCGGCUCCCAUGUAUUAUGGGUCGACUAUGAGCUUUUUGGGAACAGCAUUAUGGUUUGGAAAGCCGGCCGGUGUGCUACUCACCAUUGAGGUUCUGGUGGUCUAUUUGGCUGCAUUGAGAUUUGAAGAUCCCUUCACAUCCGAGAUCUAUGCCAAGAGAGAAAGAGAGCGUGCUAAGAAGACUGGUUAA